AACUCGAGAGGAUCUAUAUGUAUCUAUAGGCUACAUAUAUAAUCUGUAUGCAUACAUGAUCUCAUCCUUAGUGCUUCAAUCAAUUGUUUGAUAACUUUUGUGGAUUCAUGGGGAGUUUAAGGAUGGUUGCCGACUGUGGCUUCAGCUGUGUCAGCAACGGCCUGCAGGACUCGCGCACUUGCGACGAGCUGUCGUCGGCCUCCGCCGGUGUGGAAAGUUCUGGUGAGAUCAUGCUGUUUGGGGUGCGGGUGAGGGUGGACCCCAUGAGGAAGAGCGUCAGUUUGAAUAACUUGUCUCAGUACGAGCAUCUUAAUUCUGCGACGACAGAUAAUGAGUCGAUGAAAGCGGUGGUGGACGACGGCUAUGCCUCGGCUGAUGACGACGUCCCGCACCGCUCUAGCGGUGGCCGCGACCGUAAGCGAGGAGUUCCAUGGACUGAAGAAGAGCACAAGCUGUUCCUUUUGGGAUUACAGAAAGUGGGAAAAGGAAACUGGAGAGGAAUCUCUAGAAAUUAUGUAAAGACUCGUACACCCACACAAGUAGCAAGUCAUGCUCAGAAAUACUUUCUCCGACGGACCAAUCUCAAUAGGCGCCGCCGCAGAUCCAGCCUCUUUGAUAUCACCACUCACGCGGUGUCUCCUGAAGAAGGGAACCUGGUUCCUCCACCCCUGACUGUUGCUCCUGUUUUGCUACCACUACAAAUUGAGAGGCCAAUGGAAAAUCUGGUCCAAGUAAACAACACAUCCGCCAUACUUGUCCAUCCACUUCCUGUCGUUUCGCUUCCUUGUUCACCCUCUCAGCUCCUUGACCCAUCAUCUCUGUCCUUGAAACUGUCCAUGUCAUUGGAUCACUCGUCGUCAAUGCACUUGGUAUUCCCGGGGAUUAAUGGAGACACUGUCGUCGGCGUGGCAUGAGAACAAAAGAAGAAGCUUUGCAUAUUUGUAACCAUUAAGGAAAGAUGUAGAAUUUGGGCUUUUAUUGUUGUACAGAUUCCAGAUUUAUCAUGCCUUGCCCGCCCAGCUUAUUGUUUUAUGCUAUAUAGAUCAGAAUGCUUCUUAGCGUACAA